AUGAACAAAAUUAUUUUAGCAAUUUUAGUAAUUCUACUUUUCAUUACACUUACUUCUAUUAAAGCACAAGAAGAACAACAGCAAGAAGGACAACAACAACAACAGACAGAUGAAGAAGCUAAAAGAAAAGAAGAAGAAGCAAAGAAAGAAUUAGAAAAAAUUAAAAAAGAGAGUAAAGUAGACAAUGAUAUUGAUCAAAGAGGUAUACCAACUGGAGACGAUGUAGAAGAAGAAGUUAAAGAAGAUACUUUGCCUCCAGGUUUUACAAUGCCCACAACAUUAGUACCAUUAAAGGGCGAUGAUGUUAAUAUGGAUGACGUAGAGCAAGUAGAAUAUGAAUAUGAUGAAGAUGAAGAAGAAGCUGAUGGACAAAAUUUAAAUAAUAAUGAUGGGAAGAAUAAUGAAGAAGCUAAAAAUGAAGAGAGUAAAAAAUGA